AUGAAAGAGGAAAUUGCUGCUGCAGUCUUCUUCAUCACAAGGCUAGUGAAGAGGGAAGACAAGUUGAGCAAGCGUAAAAUAGAGAAAUUUGCAGCUAAGCUGACAACAAUACUGUUUGAAAAGUAUAAGAAUCACUGGUACUUGGACAAUCCAUCCAGAGGACAAGCCUUCAGGUGUAUAAGGAUAAACAAACAUCAAGCAAGAGAUCCACUGCUGGAGCAAGCUUGUGUGGAGAGUAAUGUGGACUUCAAUAACCUUGGCUUGCCAAAGGAAAUGACACUGUGGGUUGAUCCAUUUGAGGUGUGUUGCAGAUAUGGUGAAAAGAACCGACCCUUCACAAUUGCGCACUUUGAAGGAGAGGAGAACCCAGAGCUUCCUCAGCAGAUCAGCUAUGCUGUUGACAGGGCAGCACUAGACUAUCAUUCGGGCAUCUCUUCAGAUGAGGAGAGCUUCCAUAAAGAGCCAAAAGCUAUCCCUACUGUCAGCAAUCCUAACAGUGUCUACCAGUUAAGUGACUACUGCAAGGCACCCAUACAGCCCUGGUCUCAGUAUCUUCAUAGGAAGACCUUUAUGAUUGAUGGCUCUUCCUAUGCCCAGCACAAGGGUUAUAAAGCCUACCGGCCAGCUGCCGCUUUCACAGGACUGCGUGUUGAUAGAUACCACUGGAUCAAUACCAAGCGCUAG